UAAAAAUAUGGCGGAAUAGCGGGUACAGAGAUAAAGGGAAGGGAAGGUAUUUUAGCCACAAAGGAACAUAAAUUGACUUUAUAAACGUUCGUACACCUUAAUAACAGCACUCUUAUUGUAUUUUUCGACUUCUAAAUCUGCACACUUCCGCACUAAAACAGCCACAACACUGAAAUACCGCGAGAGCAGCGGUCGCCAUGGCUACGUGCCAAACCGCGCAGUCCCGGUCUCGCAGUGCGGGGAGCUGAAGCGGCUGUGUCGGGAGGGUAGUGUGCGGUUUGGGAGGGUAGUGUGCGGUUUGGGACGGAGCCCAGGCCUUUUAUUUCAGUAACAGCUUCACCACAGACGGCGAAAUUAGCCGAGAGAGAAAAGCAGCCUGUAAUCGGAGAGCUGGAAAGUAAAAGCGGUGGAAUGGGUUCUGAGCCACCAUCGUCUCCUCAGCUGGCGGAUGAAGGAGUGGAUGAGGAUGAUGAUGAGCUGAGUGGAGGAGAAGAAGCCGAGCUCCGAGUGUCGUCUGGACGAGGAUCGGUGCUGACUCGGAGAGGAAUCACACUACGCGUGCUGCUUAAAGAUGGCCUGGUGGAGCCGGGAGACGCCGUCCUGUCCAUACACUACCUGGGGAAGAACUUUGUGGGUGACCUGCUGACCGAUGGGAAGAUCCGUUGGGUGGAAACGGGGCAGAUCUUCAACUCCCCGAGCGCCUGGGCCACACACUGCAAGCGCCUGGUGAAUCCUGCAAAGAAGUCGGGCUGCGGCUGGGCGUCGGUGCGCUACCGCGGUCAGAAACUCGCCCAAUACAAAACCAGUUGGCUGCGUAAAUACCAGCCCAGUGCGGACAUGAGCCUGGCCAGUGAAGGAGAGGACGACGAGAUGGGAGACGAUGAAGAUGAGGACGGGAAGACGACUAUUCCAACAGACGAAAGAAACAGGAAGUCCAGACCAGAGUUCCACGAUGUUAGUGUGGUGCACAGGAGAGGAGACAGAGAGAGAAUCCCUGUCAGAUACUGCACACUGGGAACCAGAGACAUCGCCAGAGAUCCUCACACACUGGUGGAGCUGUCAGCUUUCUCCGCCAUCAACCGCUUCCAGCCGUUUAACGUCGCCGUCUCCAGCAACGUCCUGCUGCUCAUGGACUUUCACUGUCACUUGACCUCGAGUGAGGUGGUGGGAUACCUCGGAGGCCGAUGGGACACUACAACACAGCUGCUGACAGUGUUGCGAGCGUUCCCAUGUCGCACGCGAUUGGCCGACAGAGACGCCGCACCUGCUGUGGAGGAAGAGAUCUGUCAGAACCUGUUCAUGAGAGGGCUCUCAUUGGUAGGCUGGUACCACAGUCACCCUCGAGGCCCCGCCCUCCCAUCACUGCAGGACAUUGAUUCGCAGAUGGACCACCAGCUCCGCCUCCAGGGCAGCAGUAACGGAUUUCAGCCCUGCCUGGGCAUCAUCUGUGGACCUUAUUACCAUGGCAACCAGGGAGUGGCGUCGACCAUCACGCCGUUCUGGGUGGUUCCUCCUCCAGAACAAAGGCCGAAUGAUUACGGUAUCCCAGUGGCAGUUGAAGUCACAUACGUGCAGGACAACUUCCUCACUACAGACGUCCUCAAUGAAAUGAUGAUGCUGGUGGAGUUUUAUCGAGCAGCUCCAGACCUGGUCAAUUUUAAUCAGAUGUGGUGUUCUGAUACAUCGAUCCUGGAGAAAAUGAAGGCGUCCCUGAGUGGCCACGCCCCCAAAGACCAGGCCUACUCCCAAAUCCUGGAGCACGUCUACAACCAGCUGCGCAACAUGCAGUGAUGGAAACGUCCUCUCUGUCUUCUGUUUGUUGAUCUGUGUGUGGGAUGAAAGAACGUCACAGUUUGAUCUCUCAUGCAUGCCCAGAGGAACUGAGCGCUUCUGUAUCAUGAUUCCCUCCUUAAUUACACACACACACACACACACACACACAUUCCAUGAACAUGUCUUCCAUUUCUGUAGAUGGAAUUAUGUGGAUAGGUUAGAAUAGGAAAAAGUAUUUUCUUUCAUAUUUAUCAGGAUAGCAUGUACACGUGGGCGUGCGUACACACACCAAGCCCGGUUUACAUUUCAGUGAUGUCACAUGCAGCUAGUUUCCUAAUUGAGGAAAUGUGGCACAACAGUGUUUUAGAAAACUGUUACUUUUGUGGUAAUUUUCUUGAUCUACCUGACUUUAUGGCUUAAGACAAGUUGGAAUAUUUACUCCACAUCACCGGAGGAGGCGGGUGCACUGGUACAGCAGGUAACAUCACCACCUUUCAGCUCCCUUUCCUGGGUCGAGCCGAUCCUAUGCUGACUUUCACAUGGUCUCCGAGUCACCGCGUGGGUUUCCUUCAGUUCCCAAAAAACAACAGUCUGCAGAUUUCUGACUGAAUUGCCACUCGGUGUGAAUGAGUGUAAUGGAUAUACACUUGUGUGCAAAAUAAUAGCAGUGUGUUUAAAACAACUAAGAAAAAGCUCAAUCCUCAUAAUAGCACUUAUUUCCAUAUACACAAAGGCACUAGGAGCACUGCACAUUCAAUUCCAAAUGAAAACAUGAACACAAUAUCAAAUUUUAAACUGAAAAUGAAGAAAAAAAAGAAUAAUAGGCUGUUCAAAAAAAAAGUGUCUGUAUUUUCAUUUACAAACUCGAAUGUUUAAACUGAAAUUUUACAGAUUUAGCUUUUCUGCUGAUCACUGAACUAAUAUUUAGUUGUAUAACCUUUAUUUCUGAUAACUGCUUUACAUCUGUGUGGCAUGGAGUCAACUAACAUCUGACACCUGCGAAGAGAGAUUCCAGCCCAAGCUGACUGGACUACGUUCCACAGUUCUUCUGCAUUCUUGGGGUCACUCCACAAAUUCUCAAUCAGAUUGAGGUCUGGAACCAGGAUGUUUUCCGCUUGCUGGUGUGUUUGGGGUCGUUGUCCUGCUGAAAUACCCAUUUCAAGGGCAUUUCUUCUUCAGCAUAAGGCAACAUGACCUCUUCUAGUAUUUUGAUAUAUUCAGACUGGUCCAUGGUGCCUGGUAUGCGAUAAAUGGGCCCCGACUCCAAAGUAUAAGAAACAUCCCCAAACCAUUAUGCUUGCACCUCCAUGUUUUCCAGUGUACUGUGGCUUGAAUUCAGUGUUUAUGGGUCGUCUCACAAACUAUCUCUGGCCUUUAGACCCAAUAGGAACAAUCUUGCUCUCAUCUGUCCACAGAAUGUUGCACCACUUCUCUUUAGGCCAGUCAAUGUGUUCUUUGGCAAACUGUAACCUUUUCAACACGUCUUUUUUUCAGCAAUGGUACUUUUACAAGGGUUUCUUGCAAAUAGUUUGGCUUCACAUAGGCGUCUUCUGAUUGUUGCAGUACUCGCAGGUAACUGAAGAUGAUCAUUGGCUGCUUCUUUGCUAUUCUUAUUUUAUGAUCUACACGGAUGGUAGGAUUUCUUUUCCUACCACGUGUUUUGGGUUUUGUUUGCCAUUUUAAAGCAUUUGAGAUCGUUUUAGCUGAGCAGUCAAUUAUUUUCUGUACUUCUUUAUACAUGUUUUCCCCUCUCCAAUCAACUUCUUGAUUGGUACAAUGUCUGGACCGACCCAUUUUACUCACUGAGCAAGGGCUAAAAGCAGCAGGUACAAACAUUUGCUGCCCUCCUCCUUUAAAUAAGGGCCAUAAUUGACACCUGUUUCUUCACAGAAUGAAUGACCUCACUAAUUGAACUCCACACUGGUAUUAAUUUGAAUACACCCCUUUCAUUAAAUGAGUCAAUUAGUAUAGGUAAUCAUAUGGGGCUGAGUAAAAUUAAGGAUUAAUUUCACGAGUGAUUUUGAAGUUUUGAAAAUUCGCGACUUGGGCAAUUUCAAAACUUUGAAAUCACGAGUGAAAUUGAUCCUUAAUUUUACAAGGAACCAUACGAUUACUUGUUUAUAAUAUAUAGGGCCAAAUUCAUACUUCGGAAACCAUUCAAGUUUUCUGAACCAGUCAGGGCGCGAGACUAUCUUGCACGUUUGAAUCAGUUUCUAAAGCAUUCCUUGUUUUUGCAAAUCUCUCACUUUCCCUCGAGGACUUUUCGUGAUUCUUGAAAAAUAACAUUUCAGGAUUGAUCCUGGAUAUUUCUCUCGUCUCAGAUGCCGAUCCAAUGCUGCCUGCGUUACUUUGAGAGUCUGGUUCGUAGCUUUCCCCAUUUUCUUUCCUCACGUCUGCAUAAAACUGCCAUCGCACCUUGUCUAACUCUCAGCAUUCAUACGCCACUACAGAGUCGUUUAUUUGUCUCUCUGUGGCCCGUUUCUUAAACACGGAAAGCCAACAAUUUGUACUUUUUUUGGUAUUUCCAUUUUCACUUGCAGCUUUCAAUUGGUUUAAAAUUUCUUCGUCAAAUAUAGCGAAACGCGGCAUUACUGAGUCGGCAGAGUCAGCCAUUUUGACAAAAUUUGCUAAUUUUGUAACCGUAACCAAGCAACAAACUAGCCAAUAGCAUUUCAGAAAUACAGCCCCGCGUUAAGGAAAAAAAAAGCCCUCCUUGAUCGACCAAUCAGAAUUGAGCAAUUUGGCCCUAUGUAUUAACACCCAAUUAGCAGAGUGUAUGUCAUGACUGAUUCUGUUGAUUGUUCGUUACUCGGCUACACCUAUUUUUUCCCCAUGUUGUAUCAUCUUUUCUGCCAAAAUCAGUAAUUAAACACAUUCGUGAUGUUAGACUGCUAUUAUUUUGCACAUAACUGUAUGUGUGUGCGCGCACCCCUAUGUACCAGGGUCCUAUUUGUGGUGCGUCACUGCUCCAUACUCUGUGUUGUCAUGAUGAUGAUGAUAAAGGGAGUAUGUGAGGACUUAAAAUUCUUGGAGCGUUUUUAAAAAAUAAAUAAAAUAAAUCUGACAUGGUGACAUUUUCAGGAUGGUUGCAACGUCAUGGAGAAAUAAAGUGCAGUCUGUCUGAGCAGGACGGCUGGUAUGUUAGGUAUGUUUGUUUAAACAGGUUGUACAGAAUGUGUACUCAAUCCUCAUACCAUUUAUUUCCAUAUACACAAAGGCACUGGGAGCACUGCACAUUCAGUUCCAGACUGUUGUUUCUUGGGAACAGGAGGAAACCAGUGAACCCGAAGGAAACCCACGCGGUGACUCAGAGACCAUGUG